ACCUGAACUUAUGAAUUUCUUUUUUCUCUCCUCUGAUCCUCUGACAGUUGCUAGAAGAGAAGCCCCUCUGACCAGCAGAAUGACAGAGGGUGUGGAGGUCUCCCAGACCCCGAGGACCACACAGAGCAAUAAAUUUGUCAACUACUUUGGAAGAGCCAGCCCUGAAACAAGUGAAAGCUCAGAAACAUGGAGUCUUUCUGAGAUGAGGACAGAACAGGGCCAAAAAGAAAGCUCCAAAUCUGAGGAACAGGACGAUCAGGAGGAAGAGUCCAUCAGCCUCCCUGAAGAGGCGCAAUGCCACAUGGGACAGAGUCAUAGUGAGCAUCUGGACGGAGGCUGGGGUUGGGCUGUAUUGGCUGCUACUAUGCUGGUCCUGGCAUUGACGCUAGCCUUUCCCUCCUGCAUUGGCAUCUUUUACACAGAUUUGCAGAAGGAGUUCCAGGCGACCAACACCGAGACAUCCUGGGUGCCAGCUAUCAUGACAGCAGUACUACAUGCAGGAGGCCCUGUAUGCAGCAUUCUUGUUGAGCGCUACGGUUGUCGAACAACUAUAAUGGUGGGUGGGAUCCUUAGUGGACUCGGAUUGGUUGCCAGCUCCUUUGCCCAGACCAUUGUAGACCUGUACAUUGCCACUGGAGUGGUCACAGGACUGGGAUUCUGCUUAAGCUUUCAGCCAGCUGUCACCAUGGUUGGCCACUACUUUGUACGCCGCCGUGCCUUUGCCAGUGCUCUUUCAUCCACAGGAACUGCGCUGGGCUUGACCAUUUUGCCCUUAUUGUCUAACUAUCUGUUAGGUCAGUUUGGCUGGCGAGGCAGCUUUCUGGUGCUGGGUGGCGUAGUGCUGAACUGCUGUGUGUGUGGGGCCGUUAUGAGGCCUUUGGGGACCGAAUUUAAGGCAAAGGAAAUAUCAUUUCAUCCGAUUACUCCAGUGCCUGAAACCAAUGGUCUCCAUGUUCAACGAAAGCAAGAGGGCUGGAAGGAACGUCUGCAGCGUUCACUGUCAAGAGCUGCGCCCUUCCUGUGCAGACACCUGGCUUUCGAUUUAAUGCGAACCCACUUACGCUUCCGUGCCUACGUCCUGGGUGUGUCAUGGAUGAUGCUGGGCUUUUUGGUACCGCUGGUCUACUUGGUGCCCCAUGCCACAGUGCACGGAAUAGAUCAGGAGCUUGCUGCUCUUCUUAUGGCUGUUCUGGGUCUGGUCAAUGUUGCCAUUAGGCCAACAGCUGCAAUGCUCUUCGGACUAAAGUGUAUUAGUGGAAACUGUCGGUUCGUCUACGUGUUUGCUGGUGCUCUUUUGGUCAAUGGGCUGAGCAAUUGUGUAUGUGGUGCAGACACUAGCUUUCACACACUUCUAGCCUAUGUAGUGGUGUAUGGUAUAUCUAUGAGCAUCGUGGGCUCGCUGCUCUUCACUGUGCUAAUGGAGACGGUGGAGAUGAGCCGCUUCCAAUCAGCUCUGGGCCUCCUUACCAUCAUAGAGAGCUUUGCCCUCCUGUUGGGUCCACCACUGGCAGGGGUGUUGGUGGACUGCACUGGAGAUUACAGAUAUGUAUUCUACUUCUGUACGGUGUCCGUCUCCACUGCUGGCCUCUUUAUCAUUGUGUCUUUCUACUGGUUGGACAGACAGAGUAACUCAGAUGAGAAGAAAACAUUUCCACCUGAAAACAGUUAUAUUCCGAAGCCCAAAGUCAGUCUGGCUACUGAUGACUGGGAUCAUAAAGUGCCUUUACAUAGGACUAAAGUCCAAGAUAUUAAGUGUGCCACUGAUGCUUGACCGAUACAGUGUAGAAGGCAUUUUUACAUACUACUAUCUGUAUUGUAGAGUAUAUUUCAUGUGCACUCAUUGCCAUUCAUAUUCUAUCUUUAUUCUAUCUUUAUUUCCAAUUUGCCAGAUUGGACUGGAAGUUUGUAUUUGCACACAACACUGCUCAUGGUCGACAAGUGGGCAAGUGCAGUUUACACCAAGAGAACAUCACAGGCCUGAAUGCUUGACCAUGGGGUCCAGUUGGGUUUUGCUGGCAUGGUUUGUUAAAGCAAAAAAGCACAAAAGUAUACCCACUGAUCACAUGUGAUGGGAGGUUUUUAACCUGAUAAGAAAAGUUUAAUCCAGGAUGAUAAUGUACCCCCCCUGUUUGUGCCUUAGUAAAUACGUGUUUGAAAGUAUGUUUACUUACAGUUUCUGAAGACAGUGUGGAUAUUACUCUUGUUAUUGUUUGAAUUAUGUUUGUAUUGUACUCUGUUAAAUUGUAGAACACUAUAAAAAGCUUAAACUUAACUUAAAUUAGUUACUUUGACAAUUAAAUAUGCUUUUUU